AUGUCGUCGACAAUUUUCGCUUUGGAAGAAAUUGACGGAUAUGGAAUUGUGCUCGGCUUUGGAGUAGUUUUUACUCUUGGUAUGAUCGGAACUACUUUAGGCUUACAUCGUUAUCAUGGUGAAGAAUCGUUCUCUAGUGAAACGUUCUCGACUGCCGAUCGAAAGGUCAAAACAGGUCUAAUUGCUUCAGCUGUCGUUUCAUCGUGGACGUGGGCUGCUACGCUGUUACAUUCCAGUUCGGUAGCCUAUCUAUACGGUAUUUCUGGCCCGUUUUGGUACGCAAGUGGAGCAACAGUACAAAUUGUUCUAUUUUGCGUGGUAGCCAUUGAACUCAAGCGUCGAGCACCUUUUGCGCAUACAUUUUUGGAAGUGGUUCGUGCCCGUUAUGGCCAAGCAGGUCAUGUGAUUUUCAUCAUGUUUUGUCUGUGCACGAACUUUCUCGUUACAUCAAUGUUGUUAACCGGUGGUUCAGCAGUUAUUCAUUCUCUCUGUGGUAUGCACAUUGUAGCUGCUUGUUUCCUUUUGCCAUUAGGAACGAUUAUUUACACAGUAGUCGGUGGACUCAAAGCUACUUUUCUAACUGAUUAUGUGCAUACACUUGCAGUUCUCAUCAUCAUACUAUACUUUGCCUUUAUUACUUAUUUCAAAUCGCCUAUACUUGGUUCACCUUCAAAAGUCUAUGAUCUCCUGGUCAACGCCAGUUAUACCUAUCCAGUAGAAGGAAACGCUCAAGGUUCUUACCUCACCAUGCAUUCACGAGAUGGAGCGAUCUUUUUCGUUAUCAAUAUUAUUGGAAAUUUUGGAACAGUUUUUCUCGAUAAUGGUUAUUAUAAUAAAGCCAUUGCCGCUUCGCCGAUGGCCUGUCUACCUGGAUAUAUUUUGGGUGGACUGGCAUGGUUUGCUGUUCCGUUUCUGGUAGCGACGACAAUGGGAUUGGCUGCAGUUGCACUUCAAAAUCAUCCGGCCUUUCCUACCUAUCCGAAUCGUCUGAGGCCACAUGAUGUAUCCGCUGGUUUAGUAUUACCAGCAGCUGCAGUCACCCUGCUCGGUAAAGGUGGUGCCAUUGCUAGUAUGGCUCUAAUCUUCAUGGCAUGUACAAGUGCGAUGUCUGCUCAACUCAUAUCCGUGAGUUCAAUUGUUACAUAUGAUAUCUAUCGAACUUAUAUGAACAAAGCAGCAAGUGGAAAGAAACUAAUCUAUGUUUCACACGUAUCAGUAGUUAUCUUCGGUUUUGUGAUGAGUGUCGCCUCGAUUGGUCUGUAUUACAUCGACAUUAAUAUGGGAUACUUAUACUCGAUGAUGGGUAUUAUCAUUUCAAGUGCUGUUAUCCCAGGUGCAUUAACUCUUAUGUGGAAGAAACAGAGCAAAGUAGCUGUUUGUAUUUCACCAAUCAUCGGCUUUGCUUGCGCGAUGGCUGCAUGGUUUACUGCGACUAAGUUUAUAUAUGGUACAAUUUCCGUUGAAACCAGUGGCGCCGACAUAACAAUGCUUGUAGGGAAUGUAGUGGCUCUAUUCUCUCCUGUUUUGUUCGUGCCUGUGUUUUCUUUUAUUGCACCUGACCCGACACCUUACGACUUCACUUCGAUGAAGGAAAUUAAACUAAUUGAUGAUGGUCCAAAUCAUAACCCUCAAAUAACCCCAGAAGAAGCAGAACGUGGCGUGAUCCACUUAACACGAAAAUUACGAAUUGCACGUAUUCUCGCUAUCUUCCUGACCUCAUGUUUUGUUCUUAUUUGGCCGUGGCCUAUGUACGGAUCUGCCUAUGUAUUCAGUGAGGCAUUCUUUACAGGUUGGGUCAUUCUCGGAAUCGUUUGGAUGUUUCUUUCAUUCGGUAUUGUUGGUAUUUAUCCUCUGAUCGAAGGUUACGACACUGUUAUCACUGUCUGCAAGAAUUUAUUCAUCGAUAUACGGCAAAGAAGACAGCGCAUAGCUAGAAUUACUCCUGACCAAAUGAGUAGCAACGUACAGAUGGAUUACGUAGCACCGAAAAAUGCUUAG